UUUUUCCGCUUUCCCCUAAAUAGGGAUAACAUAACAAGAAUUUACUAUAAACUUAAAAUCAUUCUAUAAUAUUUUGACACAACAUUUUUAAUCAUGACAAUAAUUACAAGUAUAAUAUUUAAAAUUAUUUGUACUUCUAUUUAGGACAGUUCCUGUUUUUUCUUUUGUUAAAAAUAAAAACUGUAUUUAUUUAAGACAUGUUAUGGAGAGCAAUACAGAUCCUUCUGCGGAUUUGUAACGCAGAUUAAUACGUAUAUUCGUCGUAGAGUGAACAAGAGUUGGUGUGGUGUAGUGGUUAUCACGUCAGUCUUACACACUGAAGGUCCCCAGUUCGAUCCUGGGCAUCAACAUUUUGUAUGUUUUCAUUUUUGGAUCUCUGAGUUCUUGUUUUUUCGUUAAUCGAAAAAAUGCUUCUUUUUCAGAUUUUCUCCGCCUCUCGUCCUUUUUUUUUCCAGUUUUCAUGGCUAUGGUUCAGAGAGCAACGAGGGCGGCGUCAAUCACAAAGACCCAUUUACUCCCAGUCUCCACCUUCCGCCGCCGGCAACCCCGCCGAACCUAUGCUCAGACUCCUCCAGCCGCCAAGAGGGUUCCUUUCACGGUUUCUGCUCAUGGGAAGUCUUGGGUCGACCCGUAUCACUGGAUGCGCAAAACGGACGACCCGGAUUUCAUUAGCUAUCUCCAGCAAGAGAAUGCAUAUGCCGAGGCUUUCAUGGAGGAUACUCAAGAAAUGCAGAGGACUCUGUACACUGAGAUGGUUUCUAGAAUUCCUUCCAGAAUUUCCACCCCUCCUGAACGAUGGGGUCCCUGUGUUUUAUGGAAUGAUAUAGGCUAUACUCUCAGUACAUUCCAGAGGGGAAGGAGUUUCCAGUCUUGUGUAGGAAGUUGGCUAAUGAGAAUAAAGGUUGGAUCAGUACGAUAACCAAUCAUCUUCAAAAAGCAAGUGUCUUACAGAAAGCGGAGAUAUUGCUCGAUUGGAACGAGAUAGCUGAAAACUAUGGAUAUGUUCAUGUAGGUACAUGUCGAAUCUCGCCUGACCACAAUUUUCUAGCGUACACAGUUGAUGUUAGUGGCAGUGAGGAGUUCACACUUCAAGUUAAAGAUCUUAAGAGUGGACACAUUCUUCCGAAUCUUAAUGUCAAUGGCAGUGGCGGAUCCAGAAAAUCAGAGCCACGGGGUCCCUACUCCAAUGUAACUCUAAUCAAUAAAAAAAAUUAAUAAAAAAAGAAGUGAAAUAUUAAAGUAGCAUAAUGUUCCAUGAUUAAUGUACAUUUUUUGAAGUACAUAAUGAAAGAUAUUACAUGUGGCUAACUAUUUUUUUUUAUUGAAAAUAUUACACCUUUUUAUGUGUGCUCUGUUUUGUAAGAAAAUAUAUCAAAGUAAA